ACCCAUUUAGUCGAAAAAAGACCGUUGAACGAGUUGGACGCAUUUUCAGUGCGAGGCUUUGUCGGUCGGUGUUUUCUCGUUUCUUGUCGGUGAAAAAUAAGAAUUAUCAACAAAACUAAAGUGGAGACAAAUUAAUGAAAUUGAAAUCAGUAGUGAAUAUUACAUGAAACAUAAUUUAUACAGGAAGCCAACGCGAAGUAGCGCCAGUCGUAACGACCGUGAAAUAAAAAGCAGCGCAACUGUGACUGCGACGCUGACAGCGACUGCGUUUUAUAGCUGUAACUGUAAAUGCUCUGCGGAUUUACCGGCUUUUGAAAAGUUGUUGCCAAUAAUAAAACGCCAGCAUAAUACUGCAAAAAAAAAUAAAAACCCACUCGAUUAUUUCGUCUAAUUAAAAAGGUGGAAAAGGCUUAAACAAUGUGCAGACAGUUGCUGGCUAAGGUCGCUGGCAGGACACAAAACCACAAGGAUAAUCAACAAACAGCAGCCAGCUAAGCUCUGCAGCAACAUCAACAACAACAGCAGUAACAAAAAGAAUUAAUUAUUUUUUUUAUAUAUACGAAAUGCAUUUUUGAAAGCGAUUAUAAAUCAAGGCAAUGCCCUCCAUGCAACUUUUGAUGCAAGCAGCUUAGAGGCAACUUCAAACACAACACAUCACAUACACACAACAACACACACACACAUAUACACAACCACACAAAUUGACUGAUAGUUUAAAAAAAAUACUAAUUACAACCAUAACAAAAACAGCGGCAGCCAUAAAGCUACAACAACUUUAACAGCGUAAACAAAUCUUUUCAAUUAUUAUUAAGUAAACACUGCAACUCGUAAUAUGCCAAAUAUGCGUUGCCGCUGCAGCUGCAACUGAAUUCGCAAAAUCAACAACAACAGCCACAAGCACACUAAGCAGAACAACAUAGAGAACAACAAUACACACACACACACACAACAAUGGGCAACAAAUGCUGCAGCAAACGACAGGAUCAGGAACUGGCAUUAGCCUAUCCAACGGGCGGCUAUAAGAAGUCCGACUACACUUUUGGCCAGACGCACAUUAACAGCAACAGCGGCGGUGUUGGCGGUGCUGUUGCCACUGCCCUUGGCCAAAAGCACAACAAUGGCGGCUCCCUGGACUCACGCUAUACGCCAGAUCCGAAUCGCGGUCCACUGAAAAUAGGCGCCAAGGGCGGCGUGGAUAUCAUACGAACGCGCACAACGCCAACUGGUGUGCCUGGUGUUCUGCCAAAGCGACGCGUUGUUGUUGCUCUGUACGAUUAUAAAUCGCGCGAUGAGUCUGACUUGAGCUUUAUGAAGGGCGACCGCAUGGAGGUCAUCGACGAUACCGAAUCCGAUUGGUGGCGCGUUGUCAAUCUGAGUACACGCCAGGAGGGUCUGAUACCGCUCAACUUUGUGGCCGAGGAGCGAAGUGUCAACAGCGAAGACUGGUUCUUUGAGAACGUGCUGCGCAAGGAGGCGGAUAAGUUGCUGCUGGCGGAGGAGAAUCCGCGUGGCACAUUUCUAGUGCGUCCCUCGGAACACAAUCCCAAUGGCUAUUCGCUAUCCGUUAAGGAUUGGGAAGAUGUACGCGGCUAUCAUGUGAAGCACUAUCGCAUCAAGCCACUGGACAAUGGUGGCUACUACAUAGCCACAAAUCAAACGUUUCCAUCGCUUCAGGCCCUGGUCAUGGCCUACAGCAAAAACGCCCUCGGUCUGUGUCACAUUCUGUCGCGUCCCUGCCCCAAACCGCAGCCACAGAUGUGGGAUCUGGGUCCAGAGCUGCGCGACAAGUACGAGAUACCACGCUCUGAGAUACAGUUGGUGCGUAAAUUGGGACGCGGCAACUUUGGCGAGGUCUUCUACGGCAAGUGGCGCAACAGCAUCGAUGUGGCGGUCAAAACGUUGCGCGAGGGAACCAUGUCAACGGCUGCGUUCCUCCAGGAGGCGGCCAUCAUGAAAAAGUUUCGACACAAUCGCCUUGUGGCCCUCUAUGCCGUCUGCUCACAGGAGGAGCCCAUCUAUAUUGUGCAGGAAUUCAUGUCAAAGGGCAGCCUCUUGGACUUUUUGCGUGAGGGCGACGGUCGCUAUUUGCACUUUGAGGAUCUCAUCUAUAUUGCCACGCAGGUGGCCAGCGGCAUGGAGUAUCUGGAGUCCAAGCUGCUCAUCCAUCGUGAUUUGGCGGCCCGAAAUGUGCUCAUUGGCGAGAAUAAUGUGGCAAAGAUAUGUGAUUUUGGAUUGGCGCGCGUCAUUGCCGAUGAUGAGUACUGUCCCAAGCAGGGAUCCCGCUUUCCCGUCAAGUGGACAGCGCCCGAGGCCAUCAUCUAUGGCAAGUUUAGCAUCAAGUCGGAUGUGUGGUCAUAUGGUAUACUGCUAAUGGAGCUUUUCACGUACGGACAAGUGCCCUAUCCGGGCAUGCAUAGUCGUGAGGUUAUUGAGAACAUUGAGCGCGGUUUCCGCAUGCCAAAGCCAACAAAUCAUUACUUCCCCGACAAUAUCUAUCAUCUGCUCUUGCAAUGCUGGGAUGCGGUGCCGGAGAAGCGACCGACGUUUGAGUUCUUGAAUCAUUAUUUUGAGUCAUUCUCAGUGACGUCGGAGGUGCCGUAUCGGGAGGUGCAGGAUUAAGCGGCAGAAGCAGCUUUACUCACAUCAACAACACACACUCACACACACACACAAACACAUCUAUAAAUAUAUUUAUAAAACGUUAUCUAUAUGUAACGUAAACAUUUAUACAUAUUUACUAUAAUUCUUAAGACUUUUAAAUGGCAAAGCAUUAGUUGCAUACAGAACAACCAACAACAACAAAAGCUACAACAACAAGCAAAACAUUUACAUAGCUCUAUAUGUAUGUAUUUGUGUAUAAGCGUAUAUAACCAAUAUAUUGCAAAAUGAAGAAAACGAAAUGCAACAUUUUACAUAUAUUUUACACGCAAAACUAUUUUAUAAUUUAUAUACCUACUUGUAUGUACUAUGAAAAUAGCAAGUAUUUAACUAGUUUUGUAAGCUUAACAAAAACAAAAAGAAAAGUAACCAUAACUAAAAGAACAAUUUAUGAAAAACAUAACAUGAAAAUGGCAAAUCUUUUUCUAUUUUCCAGUCCAACAGCAAACAAUUUAAUCGGUGCUUAAAUUACCAAAUCUUUAUCCCCCUUUUCUAUCUCUCUCUCUUAACUGCUGAAUUUCUUCUGGUACUUUCCACAAAACUAACCCAAAGUAUUAUUUAACUCAAUCAAUAUGUAGUCGAGAUUGUUGCUAAUUGUAGGGAAACAAAUCACAAUGAUGGCAUUUAACUUAUAAGGCGCCAACUGAUCAGCCUCCUCCCCAAAUCUACUUCCAUGUCACAUCAACUUUUUUUCGACUCAAAUUUAUUAAAAAAAAAAAAAUAAUGUAAAACCAAAAUUAUUUUUGCUGCUUCUACGAGUAGUUGAGGCUAACAAAGAAAUAUGCAAACCGUAAGAAUAUCUCCGAAAUUAUUAUAGAAAUUUGUAAAAGAUUUUGUAAAAAACCAUUAGAAAAAAAAAAAUACAAAAACAAUCGUAAACUGUAAACUUUUGUUUAAAUGUUUAUAGUACAUUUAAGUUUAUGCCAAAACUAUUAGAGGUUUUUUUGUAUAUCUAAGCACAAGAAAAGUGAAAUUAUCAAAUUAUGUUAUAUGAAACGCAAAUGCAAUGCACAUUAUCAUUUGGGCACAGUCCAUAUAUAUAAAGCCUAAUGGAUCUACAUUUAUUCUAACUUCAAAUAACCCAAGUCAAUGCCAUACAAGAUGAUACGUAUAAUGAAAAUGGAAAAUCUGCAGUCUUCAGGGUUUCAAAAUGCAAAAUACCAUUACUUAUGAAAGGAAUUCUUAUCAAUCAAACAACAAAUACAACACUUAACUCACAUCUAUGUUAGUCGUUAGGAAAGGAACUCCAUGUAGAACAGAAUAGAAUGAUAUGAAUGUGUUUUAAUAUUUUAAUUUAUUUGAUUAUUUUUGUUAUAGUUUCUAAGUUUAUGUGUUGGCCAUUGUGUGCACAUCUGUAGCAUAAAACCAAAGUUUAGCAUUUCGUAUUAUAUAUAUAUAUAUAUAUAUAUAAAUUCUAUCUAUAUAUAUGUAUUUGUAUAGAAAAUUUAUACGGCAACUUAAUGCAUUUCACUCUCUCACAUACAUACACACACACAUUCACAAUACACCUAAAUACACACACUCACUCACACAUAGAGAAAAUAAGGCAGCUUAAACUACGUGUAGCAAGAAAUCAUUGCAAUCAUUGUAUGAAAUUGCAUUCAACGUAUAUUUAAACAGUAACUAAAUCAUUACAAGAUAAAAGAUAAAUAAAUAUUGUUAUAAUUAAAAGCAAAACUGAAAUUGUUUAGCGUAGUUGAUGAAUUUUUGUAUAUAUACUUGACAUAACGUGUAGCAAUAAAUGAAAUUGAAUUGAAUAAACUAAACUAAACAAUAAUAAUAAUAAUAACUAUACAACAAUAGUAGCAGCAGCAGACACAAACGGUUCAUGUGGCACGCCAGGUGGCAACAACAAUUUGACAAAUUUUUUAUACAAUAUAACAACAAAAACACGGCAAUCAAAUGGACAGAUUUCUAAAAUUUUCCAGCCUCUACCUUUUGGUUGAAGGGGGUGUUAGAGGGGGCGUGCCGCCUGUGCCGUUGCGUUGCGUGCAACGUAAAAACUAAACACUGUCAUAUAUUUAAUUAUAGACAUAAUAAAUUAUAUUAUAAUUACUAUAUAAUACAGAUAAUAUUAACAAAAGGCCCAAAAACUGCAACAUAAUACUAACAAAAUAAUGCGAAACUGAAUUUAGCUGAUGUAUAACGAAAAAGAUGUGUCCCGUUCGGCGUGUAAUGCAUAAAGAUAAAUCAAUAAAAUAAAAAAUAUGUAAUAAA